AUGGGGCUGGCGCCAUUGAACACGCCCGCCCAACACAACUCCAACAAGAGGCGGACCAUCAGCCCGCAGGCCAGCCUGUGCGCCACGCUGCCGCAGUCGCCCACGCGGGUGUCGCCGCUGAGAGGAAUCGUGUGCCCUUCGGCGACGCAAGUGGAGGAAUCAUCGUCCCCGUCGCCGCGGCGCAGGUCCAGCGGCCUGCUGUCAUACAACAGCACUGACGCCGUCGUCGAGGACGUGGUGGCCGGAGAUGCGCUCGAGAGCCCGCUUCCGCCCACCCCGGCGCUGUACUACGAGGGCGGCAUCGUGACCCAGCCCAGGGCCGGGCCGGACAUGCUGUCGCUGGGCCUGGCACUGCAGCAGCAGGCCAGCGGCAUCUCCAGGAGCUCAGCUGGCACGGACGAGGAGGCGGUCACCGACGAGGCCCUCAGCCAGCACUCGGCUGAAAAGGCUCCAAGGUUUCUGUAUGGGCGUGUCCUGCUUGGAAUCGGCAGCCUGCUGGUGGCGGGAGGAAUGGCGCUCCUGAUUAGUGCCAACAGCAAGAGGGCAAGCAUCGGGUCGAAGGAGAAGCAGUGA